AUGAUAUAUCAUACAGAUUUACCACCAAUGGAUGAAAACACUAGUUCGAUUUAUGAGAAAGAUGAUAUUCGAUUAUGUACAAUUCAACGUGCAAUUCCAGAACAGAAGUUAGGAUUUUCUCUAUGUUAUCACCGAAAAGAACGUUUUCAUUAUCUCAAAUUUUAUGGUGAUUGGAAAUUGAGUCUGGCAUAUCGAUCAGGCAUCAAAAAUUUCGAUCGGAUCAUUUCACUAAACGGUGUUAAUAUUGAAAAAGACACACAAGGUGAACUCGGCAGACGUUUCGACAUUGAUCAACAUCUUCCAGUUCAAAUGCUUGUUUGCAGUCCAGCAACAUAUGUCCAUUACAGAUCUACUGGAAAGCUUUUGCAUAGUGACCUUCUAACUGUCCAAUAUUUGAAACCUAUAUAUGCUACAUCAAAUUCAUCUAGAGAUCAUAGUGUUGGUUGUGCUGAUGAUAAGUCUAUAUUUUCAUUAGAUGGAAACACAAGAUUAUUUUCACAAAAAUCAUCUCAGAAUCCGGAAACAGAUAUAGUGCAAGUUCAAUUUACUAUUCAGGAUAAAAAUAACGAUACUAAAGUGAUACAGAAUACUGAUGAUGUCCAAUGCAUUCAAGACCGUGUAUAUACUACACUGGAAGAAUUUCCAAACGAAUUAUUUUUCUAUUUAUUCACUUUCAUCGACAUUCAACAUUUAUAUAAUGCUUUUUGGGGACUCAAUUCACGAUUGAACAAUAUUUUUCUAGCCUGUCAAAAUAUAUCUCUAACAUACGAUGAAAAAGUCAAUCCAUUACUGAUGACAUUAUAUGCUCCUUAUGUAAAUCGAUUGAUAAUUCAGACAUCGAUCGAUCUUGAUUUUAGUCAAUUUCCUAAUUUACAUACAUUGAUAUUAUGUAAUAGAAACUCAAAAUAUCUGCAACAAAUUCAAUCAAAAAUGAUUCCCAAUCUGAUUCAUCUAUCGUUUUUGUUAGGAUCAAGAUUUAUUCCGCCACGACAAUUAAUUUGUGAUGUGUUCUCUAAUAAAUUUCCAACACUUCGUCAGGUUAAUUUGGGCUGUAUCGAUGAGUCUACUUGUAAUUUAUGGACUACAUCACCUUCUCUCAAGUUUGUGUCAAUCCUUUCUUGUAAACCAAUGUCUGUUCUAGCAAUACUUGCUUCAUGUCCCAAUCUUCAUCAUCUUCAAGUUCAUGUUUUAUAUAAAAAUAACAAUACUCUUACUUCGUUUCCACUAGUAAAUCAUGCACUUCGACGACUGACUCUUUGGAGUGAUUAUACCGAACUAACUUUUAAUGAUAUUGAUAAUAUUCUUACUUAUACACCCAAUGUUGAACAUUUGUAUCUACAAACAGUAUAUAGUACGCCAUUUAUUCAUUUAACUAAUGGCCUGAUCAAUCGAUUGCAUCAUUUGUCUCGAUUUGAUUGUUAUAUCAAAGAAAUAUUGACCGGUGAUGAUCGAAUCAGUACCUUACAUAGUAUACAUCGAAUUCAUCCUUGUUUUAAUCGAAUUAAAUGUUUAGAAGAAAAUGGUAAAUUUCGAAUGUUUGCUACUGAAUAG